AUGUCACUAAAUUAAUAGCGAUAAUAGCAAUAGUAAUAAAAACUAGAAAUUCAAAGGCGCUUGGAUUAGUAUGUUAAUGCUGUUAAAGAUCUGCAAAAUGAAUUUAAAGUAUAUUACGGAAUGUUGGAAAGAAAUGAUGAACCAAAUUAGGAAAGAUUUAAAUAAACAGCCUUCAAAUUUUUAAAAUUCGAAAAGGAAAUGAAUAAUUAAAUAGAAGAAAUUGUUUAGAAAAUAAUUUACUAAAAAGCAAGAAAAUGA